AUACUUGGUUUGAAGAAACGGAUUCAUUUCUUAAUGGAAAGAAAAAUCUUGUUUAGUUUUUCACUUAUUUUUUUAUGCAUGGGAUUUUCACUAAUUUUGGACCAGAUACUUGGCAGGAAGAAUGUAAACUCUCGAACAUCUUCAAAUAAAGAAAUGGCUGUAAAGAAUGAUCAACAGAAUAAUGGAGUUAUGAAACCAAUCCAGAAUUUCACAGUACCAAUCACACAGGCCCUCUACUACAAUCUGAGCAGACAAGAACAUUUAGGAAAAAAACCUUGGAAUGCAUUCAGCCAUCAUAGCCCCAUUAAUGUCUCCAUGGGUGGAAUUCCCUGCAUUCUCUUCUGGACCAAAAGAAUAACCAUUAAAUUUAAGAACCAGACCUGGCUGGACCUUACAGAUGAAGCUUUUGGCCAGAAGGCAACAGUGGAUCUUCAUAACUCAAAUUGCAGUGAAGAAAGUGCCAUGUUGUCUCUGAAGUUUGGUGAUGCUGAAAAUCCCAAAGGUCUCAGUAUAAGAUUCACCCUUACCAGUUACAACAGAUUGCCCAUGCAGAGCUGGUUUAGUCUGCACCGAGUCGAGAUUAUCUUUAAUAAUUCAAUCCAAGCAACUUUUAACGCAACUGGCAUCUAUGCUCUGACAAGUCAUUCCUACCACUGCCAGCAUGUCAGUAGCCUGCGGCGAUAUGAUGCCCUCUUGUUGCCCAGUGAGACGGAUGAUAUGUCAAGCCUGUGGGAGGUCACUUUUGUUGAUUUCCAGAUCCAAGGCUUUCCCAUGAAGGACGGACGCUUCGCCGAGGCCCGAGACUGUGCCCCUUCCUUCUCACCAGCCAUUCUGAUUGGCCUGGCCACGGCCCUGAUCCUGCUGCUGGUCCUGGCCUACGCCCUGCACAUGCUCACCUUCCUGCGCUAUCUGGACCGGCACUACGAUUUCAUCGCCUCUCCGGCCCACGUCCCCCAGUUGAAAGCUGGAGACGCAGCAGAAGAGAAGGAGCUGCUGAGGAGCCAGGGAGUUGAAUGCUACGAACUGAGAAGCCAACCGAUCUGCAAAAUGUAUGUUUAGCAGCACAAGCCCCGUCUCCCUUACAGAGUCCACAGUGGUCUCCAAAAAGAGUUGUUUCUAGUCUGUGCUGUUCGACUUGUGAUACAAGGUUUUCACCAAAUGGCUUGAUUUAAAGAAAAAAAAAAAAAAAGGAAAUACAUGCACAAAAUACAUUUUCAAGCAUCCACUCACCUACAUAGAUAGACUCAGGGCAAUGAAAAGGGAAUUCUCAGGAAUCCCACAAAAAUAAAUAUGAUCGUUCAUUGCCCCAAAGCUACCUUGAAAGCAAAGUGAUGUUUCAAGUUAGAGACUCACACAAAAAAAUAAAGAUGCAAUAUGAAGAAGGGAAAACACACUUGGUCCUUCUUGCCUGUUGCCAGUUUGCAUGUGAUAAAUGUAGAAAAAAUGAAUACAAGGUUAUCUGGAUGUUCCAGAUUUAAAAAUACCUUGUAACAUAGUUCCCAUUUUUCAGAAAUUAGGUCACAAUUUUGUCUUUAAAUAUAAACUUUUUUUUUUCCUCUUUCACAGAACUGUUUAGAGGCUACACCUGUCAAAAUGGUAGAACACUUCAUUCAAGGGCUUUUUUUGUCAUUCACUUUGCUCUUCAGGCAGCCCAGUUCAAUCUGUGAGGUAGGGGUGAUGACCUUGGUAGUAUCUCCCUUUCCCUUCUGGUCGUAGUGCCAAGGUUUGUCUCAUUUGUCUGAUUUAGACCUCUGUUAGCUCUCCUGAGUACCACUUGAAAUAAACAUCUGAGCUAAGUAAAAACAGUGUGCUUGCUUUGCAAACACAGCUUUAAGGCAAAUCCCCUAAACCCCCUUCCAAUAAGAGUGUCUCCUAAACUCUUCUUAUUAGAAGUUCUGGAAGCACCACUAAUCUUCUUACUACCACUUUCUUCAAUCUGGAUUUUCCCAUUAUCUUUUCCAGUUCCCAGCAGAUACUGAAGAUUGGCUCACUCUUUAUCCUCACCAAAGCUUCUCUGCUAUGUCUUCUGUGUUAAAGAG